AAGGGGGAAGGGCAUUCUGCUCAGGGAACAGCAGGAGCAAAGGGAUUGAGGCUGGUCAGUCAUCGUGGGGCGGAAGGGGUGGGCUGCAGGGGUGAGAGCCUGACCCCCUGGUGAUCCUGGCUCCAUGGAGCAAAGGAUCAUGAGAGACUUGUCCUGUGAGGGGGAAGGCUGUCGGUCCUAUGGGAGGAGGACUGUUCCAGACAUCCCUUAGGCUGAGAAAAGCAGAGAACCCUCCUCUUUCCCCUCAAAUGCACAUGUCCACUUACAUGCAAUAUUCUUUUAGCUACUUUUACUUUUUUUUACUGUGGUAAAAUAUACAUAACAUACCAUUUUAAACAUUUUUAAGUGUACAAUUCAGUGAUGUUAAGCACAUUUACAAUGUUAUGUAGCCAUUAUCCCUAUUUCCAGAACUGUUUUUUUUAAAGAACAUUUAUUUAUUUAUUUAUUUUUGGCUGCGUUGGGUCUUCGUUGCUGCACGCGGGCUUUCUCUAGUUGCGGGGAGCCGGGGCUACUCUUCGUUGCAGUGCACCGGCUUCCAUUGCAGUGGCUUCUCCUGUUGCGGUGCGCGGGCUUCCGGGCUUCCGUAGUCGUGGCUCGUGGGCUCUAGAGCGCAGACUCAGUACUUGUGACAUGCGGGCUCUAGAGCGCAGACUCAGUAGUUGUGGCGCACCGGCUUAUUUGAUCCGCGGCAUGUGUGAUCUUCCCGGACCAGGCCUCGAACCCGCGUCCCCUACAUUGGCAGGCGGAUUCUUAACCACGGUGCCACCAGGAAAGCCCGAGAAAUUCGGUAGAUUUUUUUUAUGUUGAUCUUGUGUCCUGCAACCUUGCUGAGCUCAUUUAUUAGCUCAUCUUGUUCCCAAUUUUAGGGGGAGAACAUCCAGUCGUUCACCGUGUAAGUUUCUCAUAGAUGCCCCCUUUCUGGUUGAGGAAAUUCCCUUCUAUUCAUAAUUUGCUGAGAGUUUCCUUGAGAGUGGAUGUUGGAUUUUGUCAAAGGGACAAAAUCUACUACAUCUGCUGAGGUGAUCAUAGGUUUUUCUUUUUUAGUUUGCUAACAUGGGGAAUUCACAAUGCUUGAUUUUCAAAUGUGAAACUAACCCUUCGUUCUUGGUACUGCAUGUGAGAUUAGUAUAGGACGUGGGAAUCCAGGUUCCUCCAGAGCAUCCCGGGGACUGUCCUCCACAUAAACUGGGUUUAGUGCCCAGUCAUCCGGGGAGAAGGAGGGAGGGGACAGAGGGCAAGGGCGGGGACAGCACGUACCGCCAGAUACAGCUGCCUGCGUCUGCCGCCUCACGUGAGCCGCCCCAGCUGAGCCAGGGGCCAACCUGGGACCCAGCGGCAGCUCCCCACAGCCUGUGUGCUCGUGGGGUGAGGCGGUCCCUGCUCUCAGGCUCUCUUGUAGGGUCUCAACGCUCAGCCCUUGUAUCUCCUGGAGCUCGUUCUCUGCAUCUGCGAAACGGAGCUGGUGGUGGCUGGGCAGCCAGAGCACACGCAUUGACCCAGGAGGCUGCAAGCUGCGGCCAGUCUGCGCACCCCACGAAGGGUUCCUGAGUGCAGCGGAGACCGCCCACCAGGCCACACGCGCGCCGGCAGUUCCCUUCUGUGUGCAAUGAAGAGCCAGAUUUCACACUGAGCAGCUGCAGACAGAGAAAUCAGAGAAAGCACAACCCAGCCUCAGAUUCCGAGGGGCCUGCUGGGGACUCUCUCCUCCUGCUUGGAAGGAAGACCCCGAGGCAGCCGUUUCAGGCCAGGUCUUGGCUGCCAUGGGACUCAGAGCCACCGCCCCCCGGCUGCCCUCUGCACUGCCAGGCAGAUAAGGGUGAGCCCUGCCCAGGAGCACCUGCCACCUCCUGCUGGGCCACUCCUCCGUGGCUAGUCCUUCCUCGACUUUGGGCCACCUUUGCUGACCCGAGGCCAUGUAGGCCCCACUCAGGCCUCUGUGGAUAGACACAUUGCUGGGGACAUCACCUCUGCUCUCUGGGAGACCCAGCGCACCACCAUGCCCCGGGGAUUCGCCUGGCUGCGCUAUCUCGGGAUCCUCCUGGGCAUGGCCUUGGGGAACGAGGGUUUGGAGGUGUGGCCCUUAACCCGGAGCGAGGAGUGUGCCAUCACUGGCUUUCUGCGCGACAAGCUGCAGUACCGGAACCGCCUUCAGUACAUGAAACACUACUUCCCCAUCAACUACAGGGUCAGUGUGCCUUAUGAGGGGGUACUCCGAAUGGCCAACGUCACCAGGCUGCAGAGGGCCCGGGUGAGCCAACAGGAGCUGCGGUAUCUGUGGGUCUUGGUGAGUCUCAGUGCUACUGAGUGGGUGCAGGAGGUGCUGCUCGAGGGCCAUCCAUCCUGGAAGUACCUGGAGGAGGUACAUACACUGCUGCUGGAUGUCAAACAAGGCCUCCCGGGUGUGGAGGUCAGCCCCCAGGUGGAAGCAGUGUUGUCCCUCUUGAGUGCCCCAGGAAGCCUGAAGCCAGUGCGGCCCAAAGCUCUGCUGGACAACUGCUUGCGGGUUAUGGAGCUGUUGUACUGCUCUUGCUGUAAACAAAGCCCUGUCUUAAACUGGCAGGAUUGUGAGGUGCCAAGGCCUCAGCCUCACGGCCCGGAGCCCUCGUCACAGUGUGUGGCCGCCCAGCUAUACCCCCUGCGCCAGGAGCCCCCCACCUCCCUGCCCCACCCCCCGGCAUCCACGGCUGGAGCCCCGGCUCAGUGAAGCUGCUGAGGGCACAGGGCGAAGGCCGCCUGCCCUGAGUGGGCUGCAUGGUAACUGGGUGGGGCAGCUGGAGGAGCUCUUGCAGGAGAUGGACUGGGCCUGAGGCUUCUCUGGGUGGUGGUGGGGAGCCCCUCUUGGGAGAGGAGACCCUAGAGGGGCAUUUCUCCUUUGAGGGGGACUCAGUGCCUGAGAAGGGUUCAGCUUCCCGCCUUCCAUACCUCCCAUGGUCUCACCUGGAGCGGUGGGCGCUGGGGGCACCUGAAGGUCAAUGAAGACAGAGCUUACAGCCCCUCCUGGCACUGCCCGGGCUGCCCUCUUCCCUGAGGGCAGGGCUGACUGUCUCCUAAGCCCAAAGAGGUGAGAGCUGUACCAGGUGGGCAUGGGGGUGGGGACACGCCUCGGCAAGGCCAGGGAGAGGGCAGCAAAGCUGGGGAGAGGGCAUAGCCAAAUGCCACAUCUUGCCACAGUUCCCUUUAUUUUUUCUAUUAAACACCUGCUUUGUUU